AUGAAACUCCUUUCCUAUAGUGCUGCCACUGUGGAUCACUGGGCAGGACUCGGAAAUGCCCAAUUCAAGAAACUAUCACUAUCUACUAGAGACCGCGAGCUCGUCAUCAUGUUGACUACUUCAAAGUUCAACUCUACCUACGAAUGGACUCAUCAUAUUCCCUUGUCACUAAAAGCUGGCGUCACCAAACAACAGCAACUGGCCCUUGAGGCAUCCGGCAAGGAACCCAAUUAUUUUGGCGAUGGAAAGUGUGACUCCAUGGCGAAUUUUAGCGCUAAAGACCUUGUACUGCUUGCAUUUGUGGAAUCCAUCAUCCAACAGCCCAAAGUCAGCGACGAGCUAUGGAAGCGUGUCAAGAACGAGUUUUCGGACCAAGAAAUAGUGGAGAUCAUAUCUCUCCAGGGGUUUUACUACUCUUUUUCACGAUUGACUACUGUUCUUCAGUGCGAUUUCGAUGAAUGGGCCAAGUCCAAGCUUUGA